ACUCACGCCCACUCAUCAUCAUCUCCCUCCUCCGCCCGCCCGCGCCCCCGGGCGAAAUCGACACCGCAGCGCUCGCGCCGUGGUCACGGAAACCUUCCGGAAUCGGCAGGGAUUCCCCUCUUAUACACCCCCACCCCUGUCCCGUCUCGCCAGCUCGCCCACGAAGGUCCCGUGCCCGAUCGGAGAUCCAAUCUCGGCGGUAAGAUUCGCCGGCCAUGUCGGGCGCCGUGCUCGUGGCCAUAGCGGCCUCCAUCGGCAACCUGCUCCAGGGCUGGGAUAAUGCGACCAUCGCAGGUGCUGUCCUGUACAUAAAGAAGGAGUUCAGCCUGGAGACGCAGCCGCUGAUCGAGGGGCUCAUCGUGGCCAUGUCGCUCAUCGGGGCGACGGUCAUCACGACGUUCUCCGGGGCGGUGGCCGAUUCCUUCGGCAGGCGGCCGCUGCUGAUCGCGUCGGCUGUCCUCUACUUCAUCAGCGGCCUGGUGAUGCUCUGGGCGCCCAACGUCUACGUGCUGCUCCUGGCGAGGCUCAUCGACGGGUUCGGCAUCGGUCUGUCCGUCACCCUUGUCCCUCUCUACAUCUCGGAGACCGCCCCGACCGACAUCAGGGGGCUGCUCAACACGCUGCCGCAGUUCAGCGGGUCCGGAGGGAUGUUCCUCUCUUACUGCAUGGUGUUUGCCAUGUCCCUCAUGCCGCAGCCUGAGUGGAGGGUCAUGCUUGGGGUUCUGUCCAUCCCGUCGCUCAUAUACUUUGCGCUCACCGUCUUCUACUUGCCUGAAUCGCCGAGAUGGCUUGUGAGCAAAGGAAGAAUGGCCGAGGCCAAGAGAGUAUUGCAAAGACUGCGGGGAAGGGAAGAUGUCUCAGGCGAAAUGGCCCUUCUUGUUGAAGGAUUGGGUGUUGGGAAAGACACACACUUUGAGGAAUACAUAAUUGGCCCUGAUGACGAGCUUGCUGAUGAUGGGCUGGCUCCAGAUCCAGAUAAGAUGAAACUCUACGGACCGGAAGAAGGCGUAUCUUGGAUCGCCCGUCCUGUUAGGGGUGGUGCCCAAAGCGCACUUGGAAGUGCGUUGGGUCUCAUGUCUCAUCAUGGGAGUAUGGUUAGUCAGGGUAAAUCUAUCGUGGACCCUCUAGUCACUCUUUUCGGAAGUGUCCAUGAGAAGAUGCCUGAGGUAAUGGGGAGCAUGAGGAGCACACUUUUUCCUAACUUUGGCAGCAUGUUCAGCAUGGCGGAACAGCAGCAAGCUAAAGCUGACUGGGAUGCCGAGAGUCAUAGGGAUGAUGAGGACUAUGCAUCAGAUCAUGGUGCUGAUGACAUUGAGGAUAACCUCAACAGCCCGCUUAUUUCUCGUCAAGCAACAAGUGUGGAAGGAAAAGAGAUUGCUGCACCUCAUGGAAGCAUAAUGGGUAAUGUGGGUAGAAGUAGUAGUAUGCAGGGAGGGGAUGCCGUCAGCAGCAUGGGCAUUGGUGGCGGAUGGCAGUUGGCUUGGAAGUGGACUGAGAGAGAAGGUGCAGAUGGGCAAAAAGAAGGUGGUUUCCAACGUAUUUACUUGCAUGAAGAGGGUGUGCAAGGCGACCGGAGGGGCUCUAUAUUGUCUAUGCCAGGAGGCGAUGUUCCUCCUGGUGGUGAGUAUAUCCAGGCAGCUGCUCUAGUGAGCCAACCAGCUCUUUACUCAAAGGAUAUAAUAGAGCAGCAGCUGGCUGGUCCUGCCAUGGUACAUCCAUCUGAGACAGCUGCUAAGGGCCCUAAGUGGGCAGACCUAUUUGAACCUGGAGUGAAACAUGCACUUUUUGUUGGCAUAGGAUUACAGAUCCUGCAACAGUUUGCAGGUAUCAAUGGAGUUCUCUAUUACACUCCUCAGAUACUUGAGCAAGCAGGUGUUGGGAUUCUUCUAUCAAACAUUGGACUAAGCUCUUUGUCUGCAUCUAUUCUUAUCAGUGCCUUGACAACCUUGCUGAUGCUUCCUAGCAUUGGUAUUGCCAUGAGGCUCAUGGAUAUGUCAGGAAGAAGGUUUCUUCUCCUUUCGACAAUCCCUGUCUUGAUAGUAGCACUGGCUAUCUUGGUUCUGGUCAACAUUGUGGAUGUUGGAACCAUGGUGCAUGCUGCACUCUCGACGAUCAGCGUCAUAGUAUAUUUCUGCUUCUUCGUUAUGGGGUUUGGGCCUAUCCCAAAUAUUCUCUGCGCAGAAAUUUUCCCCACCUCUGUCCGGGGCAUCUGCAUAGCCAUCUGUGCCCUAACCUUCUGGAUCGGUGACAUUAUCGUGACAUACACUCUUCCCGUGAUGCUUAACGCGAUUGGACUUGCUGGAGUCUUCGGAAUAUAUGCUGUCGUUUGCAUACUGGCUCUUGUAUUUGUCUACAUGAAGGUGCCUGAGACCAAGGGCAUGCCCCUGGAGGUCAUUACCGAGUUCUUCUCUGUCGGGGCAAAGCAGGGCAAGGAAGCCACUGAUUAGUUGCUCUGAUCGCUGGUGGUAAUUUUGUGGUUCUGAAACUACACUGCCACUAACCUGUGAUGCUCUGGUAAAGAAACUUCAAGGAGAGCAGAGAGGGCCUAAAGAGAUGACAUGAAGACUACAUCGUGAGGCUGUAAUCCUGGGGUUGACAACUUUUGGAACUAGGCUACUUGUUUUAGAUCACCUGUUGUUUUCGCUUUGUGAUUUUCUGUUUGCGUUAUUUGGAACGUCUUGCCUCUGUAAGCAGUGCUCUCAUCACAGUUUAUGUUACUGCUUUUGUUCUGCUCA